AUGAUUCAACAAUUAACUUCAAGGAUAGAUCAGCUUACCUCUCAUAACAGGAUGUUGGAAAACCAAAUAGCUCAGCAAGCAAGUUCUUUUAGCAAAGCACAAGGGAAACUUCCAAGUCAACCAGAGAAUUCUAGAGAACAUUACAAGGUAGUGAUCUUAAGGAGUGGGGAUAUUGUGAGAGACGAAAAGAAAGAUAAGGUAGAAGAGGAAAAGAAGAAAAAAGAUAAAGAAAAUAAUGAAUCUACUUCAAGUCAUGAUGAAGUUAAUGAGGAAGCAAACAAGAAGAAGAAAGUUAAAAAAGAAGAAGAGGAAAAGUAUGUGCCUCCACCACCAUACAAGCCACCAUUGCCAUAUCCUCAGAGGUUUCAGAAAGCAAAGCUAGAUAAGCAGUUUGGGAAAUUUUUGAAAGUUUUGAAGAAGUUAUAUAUCAACAUUUCAUUUACAGAUGUAAUUUCUCAAAUGCCCUCAUAUGCUAAGUUCCUAAAGGAAAUCUUGUCAAACAAGAAAAAAUUGGAGGAUUAUGAAACUGUUGCACUUAUUAAAGAAUGCAGUGCUACAUUGCAUAAUAAGCUUCCCCCUAAGCUUAAAGAUUCUGGAAGUUUCUCUAUUCCAUGUCACAUUGGAGAGACAAGUAUUGAAAAGGCAUUGUGUGAUCUUGGAGCUAGUGUAAGUUUAAUGCCACUAUCUAUAUGUGAAAAGUUGAAGGUAGGAGAUUUAAAGCCCACCACUAUUUCUUUGCAAUUGGCUGAUAGAUCUAUCAAAUAUCCAGUGGAAAUUUUGGAGAAUAUGCCAUUGAAGGUUGGAAAAUUUUUUAUUCCUAUGGAUUUUAUGGUUCUAGAGAUGGAGGAGGAUGUAAGGACAACCAUCAUACUUGGAAGACCAUUUUUAGCUACUGCAGGAGCUAAUAUAGAUGUGAAGAAUGGAAAAUUGAAGUUGAAGUGCGAAAAAAAGAAGUCUCAUUUGCCAUCUCCUUUUGAUAAGAAUGAAACUCCAAGAGUAAAACUUAAGGCUCCAUCUAAACAACUCAAAGCAGAAGGUUCAUCUCAAGUUUGUAAGAGUAAUUUGCAAGGUGUGGUUGGGAUUCUAAAUAAAGCAACAGGUGAAAUGCAAAUAUUGGAUGUUUUGGAAAUUGCUGCAAAGAAAACCAUGUUACUGAUUUAG